CCACCCACCCCUCGUCGGUUCACUUCAUCACUGAGCCUUGAUGAGCUCAGUGCAGCACCGACCCUUUAUGGAUCCUCUCCGGACUGCUCCUUCACUAGUCCCCUUCGCCACUGAUCCUUCUUUGGUCCGUCUAUCACUACCGCUGCCCCCUUACGCGCGCCCAGGUCCUCGAGCGGUCUGCGCUUCUCUUAUGUCCUCCACUCGGCGGCGGCGGCGGCGGCGUCUUACUCAACUUAUCGCAGGCGCCCUCUGCAUUGACGGGGCUGCGCUUCAUUCAUCAUACUCGUCCUUCUGCUGUCAGCCGUCUACGCUCCCUCUCAUAUCGCGCCUACUACGUACAAUUACCCUUCGGCCUUAAGACGCGACCUCGCCCAACAGCCUAUUCAAGCGGCCUCGUUGAAGCCCCCCGUACGUUUUCCCUAGGUCGUAACUUCCUCCUUCCCGAGAUGAGUU